GUUACUGCACACGUCCCCCUUCUCAGACAUUUUUGCAAUUUCAGUUGACGGGAAACGGUUUAGUGUUUUACCGUUGCUACAUUGAUCUGUACUCGAUCUACUCUUAUUUAUUAUUGUGGUGACGCACUGUCGAAAUCAAGAUGUUUUACACAUGUGGACCCAAUGAAGCCAUGGUGGUGUCCGGCUUUGGCCGUUCUCCUCCUCUAAUGAUUGCUGGAGGAAGAGUGUUUGUCCUCCCAUGUAUUCAGAAGAUCCAGAGAAUUGCGCUCAACACCCUGACUCUAAAUGUGAAAAGUGACAAAGUGUACACCCGUCAUGGGGUGCCUAUCUCUGUCACUGGCAUCGCACAGGUAAAGAUCCAGGGCCAGAACAAAGAGAUGUUGGCCACUGCCUGUCAAAUGUUCAUGGGCAAGUCUGAGGCUGAGAUUGCCCAGAUUGCUCUAGAAACACUGGAGGGACACCAGAGAGCCAUCAUCGCCCAUUUGACUGUGGAGGAGAUCUAUCAGGACCGUAAGAAGUUCUCCGAGCAGGUCUUUAAAGUGGCCUCCUCUGACCUGGUCAACAUGGGAAUAGGCGUCGUCAGCUACACGCUCAAAGACGUUCACGAUGAUCAGGACUACCUUAACUCUCUGGGUAAAGCCAGAACAGCCCAGGUACAGAAGGAUGCCAGGAUCGGAGAGGCUCAGUACAAACGGGAUUCUGUCAUGAGGGAGGCCCACGCCAUGCAGGAGAAGGUUUCAGCUCAGUACAAGAAUGAGAUCGAGAUGGCAAAAGCCCAGAGAGACUACGAGCUGAAAAAGGCCGCCUACGAUGUUGAGGUCAACACCAAGAAGGCCGAGUCAGAAAUGGCCUAUCAGCUUCAGGUGGCCAAGACCAAGCAGCGCAUUGAGGAAGAGACGAUGCAGGUUCAGGUGGUGGAGCGUACACAGCAGAUUGCAUUGCAGGAGCAGGAGAUCAUCCGUAAGGAAAAGGAGCUGGAUGCCAAAGUUAAGAAGCCGGCUGAAGCGGAGAAAUACCGACUGGAGAGACUGGCUGAGGCACACCGCCUGCAGCUUAUCAUGGAGGCUGAAGCAGAGGCUGAGAGCAUCAAAAUGAGGGGCGACGCAGAGGCUUUUGCCGUGGAGGCUAAGGGCCGCGCUGAGGCAGAGCAGAUGGCUAAGAAGGCCGAAGCCUUCCAGCAGUACAAAGACGGAGCCAUGGUGGACAUGCUGCUGGAGAAACUGCCCCUGAUGGCGGAGGAGAUCAGCAGGCCACUGAUGCAGGCCAACAAGAUCACUAUGGUGUCAAGUGGUGGCGCCGAGGUGGGAGCAGCCAAACUCACUGGCGAGGUGCUCGAUAUCAUGACCAGGCUGCCGGCCGCCGUGGAGAAACUCACCGGAGUCCGCAUAUCCCAGGUUGUAGGAACGCCCGGCCUCGUCAUGUAAGACGAAGGACGAAGAGUGGAAGUAAUCGGGAGACGCGUCGCCAAUGUUCCGACCUGGAGCUUCACGUCCCCUCCUCGUGCCUAUAUCCACAGCAGCGUCGUAGUCUUGUCUGAUUGUCUCUGUGCAUGCAUGUUUCACCUGUGUGUCCCUCUUUCAAGUCCCUCCUCCGUCUAAAGGGGAGUUUUCAUUCUCAUUCAUGUGGUUCCUUCUCAUGUCCCUGCUCUGAGCUGUUGUGCUUACUGCUGUAGAUGACAGCUAAAGCGAGGAAUAGAAAUAUUGAUGAAGCGGCUUGUUUUACCAGGACACAAAAUAUCAAAAGUAGGACUUCCUGCUGUUUUAUAGCAUAAGUGGGUAAAUUAAAUUAAACUAACCAGCCUCAGCAUGGAGAUUUAAUGUACUAACUGGCAUUCUUUUUAUUUUUACUUGUAUUGUAGGAAGGGUUGGCUGUAGUUGUGUGCCUUUCAAUUAAUUAAAUGGUGCUGAGCUCUUUUAUCACACUAAAACCUCAUAGUUUUGUUUGUGGGCAAAAUGUUGCUGGACACUGCUUUACGUUCAUUAUAAAGAGACAAAGUUGGGAUGUUGAUGACUCAAUGUCUCGUUUGUAGUUACUGGGCCCAACAUAAUAUCAGUGGAAUGAUUUUCUUUCCUCAUUUCCUGUUUAAGAACGAAUAGGAAGGAAGUGUUUGAUGGGAACGACCUGUUUCAUGUUGAAGGAAGUGAAAGUCCGAAUGGAGAACAAGUCUCUGCCCUUUGCUGCAGCAUCAUCAGGAGUCUUGGCCUUCGUUAGGAAAGAGUUUAGGAGGACCUCAUGCUGCUUUAAUGUGCUCGCUGUCUGAAGUUUAAACUGACAUAUGGGAGGUAGUUUGGGGUUUGUUCCUUUUCUAUUUUGUGACUGAGUUAGUUUUUAAAACUAUUUUAGUGCUUUCCUACUGGAAGGUGUUGAGUAACAGUUUGGCUUCUCUGAUUGGGAGAUCUUUUAAGACUUUAAUAGGAGGAAAGUUUUGCAGCUUUCAAGCCAUAUGCAUUUUGUUAUCGCCAAGUGCCUGGUCAAACCACAACUAUCAAGUCUACUUUUUCUGUCAGGGAAACUUCCUCAUAGCCAACUGACCCUAAUCCAUGGUGCGGCAGUAGAUGAAAGCCAAAUCAGUCUCCACUUGUGUUCCUUGUUCCUAAUCUUUUACUAUCCUUACAAUGUAUCGUUGCAUGUGUGUACUCCACAAAAUGACAUAGCUUUAAAGUUGUAUCUGUAGUGAAAUGUUCAAAGUAAAGUUUUAUUCACUGUAA